GAGCCAAUAUCGCGUUGGACAGUUAGAGGGUCGUGACGUGGUGAUUGGUCACUAACCUGUGUAUUGAAAACUACUUAGUUAGCGUUGACAACUGUGUGAUUAGGUCGCUGGGCGUCUGCUUUACAUAUUAACGAGUUAUAGUUUAUGUGGAAUAAAAAGUUUAUUCGGUUGUUUUGACGGAAAUCAAAGACUUUGCUGCUGCUUUGUCUGAUCAUCAGGGCUCUGUAAUCGUAUCUGCUGACUGAUUGACCAGAACUUACACGGCGGCAGCAUGAAGCUCUACAGUCUCAGCAUCCACCAUAAAGGUGCCACCAAAGCCAACCUUCUUAAAUCGGCCUAUGACCUCUCAUCCUUCAGCUUCUUUCAGCGCUCCAGUGUUCAGGAGUUCAUGACCUUCACCAGUGCCUUGAUUGUUGAGCGGACAUCACAAGGAAGCCGUGCCUCUGUCAAGGAACAAGAGUACCUGUGCCAUGUUUAUGUAAGAAACGACAACCUGAGUGCUGUGGCCAUUGCAGACACUGAAUACCCACAGAGAGUCUGUUUCACAUUGCUAGACAAGGUUUUAGAGGAGUUCUCCAGGCAAGUGGAUAGUAUAGACUGGCCCUCUGGCACUCCUGAAACCAUAAACUACAAAGCCCUGGAUAUUCACCUUUCUAAAUACCAGAACCCCAGAGAAGCAGAUGCAAUGACCAAAGUGCAGGCAGAGCUGGAUGAGACAAAGAUCAUUUUGCACAACACCAUGGAGAGUCUGUUGGAGAGAGGAGAGAAACUUGAUGACCUUGUGGCAAAGUCAGAGCACCUUGGAAACCAGUCCAAAGCCUUCUACAAGACUGCACGGAAACAGAACUCAUGCUGUGAAAUCAUGUGAUGCUGCUGCCUCGUCCUCGCGGACAUGCCUCUCUCUGCCUUUCUGCUUUUCCUACAACUCCCAUCAUGCACCAGCCACGAGCUCUCAACACAAAGGACGGGACAAACACUGUCUAUGAGAUGCCGGGAUAUGCCAGGAUGAGGGCGCCACAGGGUGGAAGGUGGUGGCUAGUCUUAAGGGUGACCUGUCCGGAUUGUGACUGAUGGGGGCUGAAGGACUGAUUGGGUUUGGUCGGGGAAGAAGUAACAUUUGAAUUAUUUUAACCUCUCAAAAGGUAAACAUCUGUGUGGUGUUUCAAUACCAGCUGCGGACAUAAUAGUGUGACGUUGUGUAUCGGUGAUGUGUUGUUGAAACGUCUUCAAACCAUUUAAUGUUAUUCAGAUUGAAUCAAAUCUUUAUAGUUUGAUUUCAACUCUUAAAAUUCUUAAACGAGUAUUAACAGUUGUGCUUCUGCUUAAAGGCAACUCUGACAAUCUCACAGUCUUAUUAUUAUUUCAUAACAUGCAUCACCGUCUUUGGUUCAACGCCUCAAAUCCCCAAACUGUUUUGGAGGCGCAUUACCUUUGUUGCCCACCAGGUGGCCCUGUUUAUUUAGUUUUAUUGUCCCAAUAAGCCUCAUUGUUGAGGUCAAUUUAGAAACUCUAAUUUGAGCCAUGAUGGCAAGUGGCUGCUUGGACGUGUUAGUUCAAAAUAUUUUAACAAUGAUUUUGAAGCAUCUUUGUUAGACUGGAUUAAGUUACGUGACUUGUUUGAUUUUUAUCUGUCUCAUAGUGUUAAAUGAAACCUUAAACAUUCCCACUAUGGGUGAGUGUGUUAAUGAGUGAUGAUGCAUCUUAAAGCUGAUGAGAAGUGCGAGAAUAGGUGUGAAAUGUAGAGAGAUGUUUCUUCAUAGAUGCAGCCUUAUUGCAGUGCGGCUAACCCCUUGUCCUUGUUGAGAAAUAUCUCAUGAGCAAGACAGGACAUGUAAGCUAUUCUCUUUUACUGUAAACAUUGUAGCCAUGCUUUUCUCUCCGGUAGCCAAUACACAUUAACACUUACAGGAAAAGUUCAGAUUUACUGAAGUGGCGUUGUUAUUUUUUUUCAGUCAGUGUUGCCUACAAUAGGUGUCAACCUGCACGUCCAAAGUCUGAAGAAGCAGGCAGGAGUACUUCAGUGAACUGCUGUGGAUGGGAACAGCAGUAAUAGGUUUUUUAGCCACCUAAAAAAAAUUGAUAAUUAAAAUCUACGCUUUAUUUAGAAUAUUGUCACCACUUUACUUUGUCAUUAGACAGCCCUGUUUAAGAUUAAGCAGGUGAAACUGAAGCCGCUCUAUGCUCUCAUCAAUGUCACCAGACUCCAUUAACAAAAACAGUCAUUUUAGUUUUACGUUUGUAGUCUCACACUGCCUUGAUUAUCGAGUUUGUGUUAUUUUGUGACCCUUUAAAACUGUGAAGUCACACAAUGACCAUAAACUCUUAUGAUUGAGAUAGCGGGCCACUAGCAACUGAUGUUUUGUGAGGUAACAUUACUGUUUUUGUCAGUGGAGACUAGUCUGUGAUAACCCUAUAGAGAACGUCUUCAGUUCCCUGUGUAAACGUGAACAGGGCUGUCUGAACAUUUUCUGAAUAUAGUGUAUACUUAAACUGGUGUUUUUGUUAGGUGAAUAAAAUAUGUUUCGCUGCUGCCCUCAUCCUUCGUGGUACUUAGCUUAGUGUCUGUGUCUGUACUCCUGCUUCUUCAAACUGGGGGCAUGCUGACUGCCAUCUGGUGUAGCUAAUACACUUACUGUGGACAAGAACCUCAUACAGUCCCACUUCAUUAAAUUCAAACUAUCACUUUAACCAGGUUUUUAGAGUUCAAAAGCCCAGGCUCGUUUGUAAUUCUCAAAUCUGGGAUCACUGACAUUGUAUCAUAAUUUAUUGUGACUGAUGUGAUUCUGGGACACCGGUUGCUGUUGAUCUUUAUGGCUUCACAUUGUGUGCUUGUCAAGUUUCUUCUAAAAUGGGUAUAACGUUUGAAAGGACAGCAGACCUAAAUUGAGACUUUUCAGAUCCCACUUUUAUUUUCAGACACUCCACGGCUGACUUUUUUUUUUUUUAACUGUCAGCACUGUUUGCUUCGUAUGUAGAAAUAUCUUUCUUCAGGAACCGCUGAUGAGUUUAAGACAAAGAGAGGCCUUUGGUUGUGUAUUUUAAAUGUUUCACUUCUCUCUUUCUGCUGUAUGUGUGUAUGAUUUGCUGAUAUACAACAUCUGCAGGCUGCAGUGAUAUUGAGUGCCUGUGUGUGAGGACUGUUGCGUGUUUGUAUGUGUGAUCUGAAUCGCUCUUUCUGCUUUUACAGUGUAAACUUUUGUGCAAUAUCUCUGCAGACUGUUGGUAAAUGGCUCUCUUUAAAGCCGAGAGAAUAAAUGGAACUAUUUCUCAUAAAGGACAGUAAAUUGAUCUUUGUAUAUGCUAUUCGUAUGACUAAUUCCCAUUUGAAGCGUGUUCAGGGUUGUUUCUGAGACUUGUAUGAUUUCUCUUUUUAAAAUUUCAAAUUCAUGUGCUAGAUUUGCAAAUCUGUGUGUUAAACAGUCUGCAUUAAACGUUUUGAUCCAGAUGUGGUCUGCAAAUUUGAAACAAAGACUUCUGAUAAUAAACAGUUCAUUUCUGUCUCUA